CAGCACGGUGCCGAUCAGCCCGUGCAUCAGCCCGUCGAGGCACGCCGGCGCCGGCGCCGCGCCGCCGCAGCUCUUCAGCACCUCGCCAGUGGCGGCCGGCAGGUGCUCAUUCGCGCAGAUGGCGCCGCAGUGCAGCCCGGCAGGAGCUCGCGAGCCGCUGCAGCCGGCGCGGCCGGCGCAGCUGGCGACACGGCCCGCGCAGCUCGCGCACGGGCCGGAGCUGCGGGGCUGGCUGCUGGCCGGCGGGCUGCAGAUGUCCGCCUCGGACCUCGAGGCGCACCUGAAGGCGGUGGCCCCCGAGACGUACGAGGACUGAGCCGUGGGCAGCGAGGCUCUCGGCGCAGUCGGUCUCACUCCGUCGGCAGAGGCACUGGCCCCCCUGCCUCUGGCCCUCACUUCGGGACCGGCCGGCGGCCGUCCUCGUGACUGCUGCGCUUGCCCAGUCUCUGCUGGGUGUCAGCCGGUCUCUGCAGGCACCCACGCGCGCUGCCUCUCCGUUCGGUUCUCUUUUUUCGAUCCGUAUUGAUCGGAUUAUGGGGCUUUUAGUUGACCUUAGCGCGCGUGGAGGUUUCAGGUUAUGCCAUACAGGCCAGCGCAACGCCACGCUUGGGGAAUUCGGCGUGUAGUUGCAUCCUUAGUGUAAGAUACGUUGUGCAUGUUCUAUUUCCACGUUCUUUUGAACGGAAGCCUGUUGCAUGCGAGUGAAUUCGUUUUUCCACCUGGGGGCUGUUUUCACAGACCCUAAGGCUGGAAUUGAGCGAUGACUCAGAAGUGAGGCUUUGGAAUGCCGUUUGAGGCACCGAUGGCUCAUACCGUUUUGUAGAUCGGCCGAUAAGGUACGACAGCUCGUAGGGUUGUACAGUUUGUGUGAGUGUUCGGCGCGGGCUCGCUGUACCAGCAACGGUACAGCCUCCGCUUGGUAAAAAUGCACGGCGAGAGAAAACGGCUUCUGCCACGGCGAGACCACAGAAAGCUAGCGCCGCCCGCGCGCGAUGCUGCCUCGGGGGGGGGGGGAGGGAGGCACCCAGACACCCCUGCAGCGCCGCGGCAGCGAUAACGACGGAGGGGGGCUGCAUCCGCACCAGGGGCCCGGCGCCCAUAAGCGGCCGCCGAGGUCUCUUUCCCGUCCUCCGCCGCCGCCUCCUCCCUUGGCGCUGCCCAGCCCGGGGUGCGCACUCCCUGCUCAGGCAGCGAGGCCGGAACGAGCGCCGUGGAGUCCCCAUUCCCAUCAGUUGGGAGGCCGGGGAGCCUUCUCCCCGGCGGUGGCGGAGGCGGCAAGAGCUCUGCCGGGUGGCCUGGCAAGCGCGCGCCAACAAAACGAGAAGACGAACGGGCCGCCCAGGAGGG